ACCUGGCCUAUUAUGUACCAAAAAUAUACUGCAGAGGUCCUAACCCUGCCCCUCAAAGAGAAGACCUGCUGGCACAACAAGUUUUGCUGGGACCAAUGGAGUGGUAUCUUUGUGGUGAAGAUCCUGCGUUUGGCUUUCCAAAGCUUGAGCAAGCAAACAAACCUUCCCAUCUCUGUGGCCGUGUCUUUAAAGUGGGAGAACCUACAUACUCUUGCAGAGACUGUGCAGUUGACCCAACUUGUGUGUUGUGCAUGGAGUGCUUUCUUGGAAGUAUUCAUAAAGACCAUCGAUACAGGAUGACCACGUCUGGUGGAGGAGGGUUCUGCGACUGUGGUGAUACAGAAGCUUGGAAAGAAGGUCCUUAUUGUAAAAAGCAUGAAAUCAACACUUCAGAGACUGCAGAAGAAGAGGAUCCCCUUGUGCACUUAUCAGAAGAUAUGGUAGCAAGAGCUUAUAAUAUUUUUGCUAUUACAUUUAAAUAUGCAGUCGAUAUACUAACAUGGGAAAAAGAAAACGAAUUGCCUGGUCUAGAGAUGACCGAGAAGAGUGACACUUACUACUGCAUGCUUUUUAAUGAUGAAGUCCACACCUAUGAACAAGUUAUAUAUACUCUUCAGAAAGCUGUCAACUGCACACAGAAAGAAGCUAUUGGCUUUGCAACAACCGUAGAUAGAGAUGGGCGCAGAUCUGUUCGGUAUGGAGACUUUCAGUACUGUGAUCAAGCAAAAUCUGUAAUAGUGAGAAAUACUAGUCGUCAGACAAAGCCACUGAAGGUUCAAGUUAUGCAUUCGUCUAUUGUUGCCCACCAGAGCUUUGGUCUGAAGCUCCUAACUUGGCUUGGCAGUAUUAUAGGAUAUUCAGAUGGCCUUCGUCGAAUACUGUGUCAGGUUGGCUUACAGGAAGGGCCGGAUGGUGAGAAUUCUUCUCUUGUGGAUAAGCUGAUGCUGAGUGAUUCUAAACUGUGGAAAGGUGCUAGAAAUGUUUAUCAUCAGUUAUUUAUGAGCAGUCUGCUUAUGGACUUGAAAUACAAGAAACUUUUUGCCAUCCGCUUUGCACGAAAUUACCGGCAGUUGCAGAGAGAUUAUAUGGAGGAUGAUCACGAACGGGCAGUAUCGGUGGCUGCUCUGUCUGUCCAACUCUUCACUGUACCUACUCUGAACUAUGAGCGAUUGCAGAGUGAUUUUAUGAAAGAUGACCACGACAGAGAGUUCUCAAUUGCUGACCUCUCGAUACAGAUAUUCACAGUGCCUUCUCUUGCUCGAAUGUUGAUAACGGAAGAAAAUCUCAUGACCACUAUCAUCAAAACUUUUAUGGACCACUUAAGGCACCGUGACAUCCAAGGCAGGUUUCAGUUUGAACGAUACACUGCUCUACAGGCUUUCAAAUUCAGACGUGUUCAGAGCCUUAUUUUGGAUCUCAAGUAUGUGUUGAUAAGUAAGCCAACUGAGUGGUCAGAUGACUUGAGGCACAAGUUUCUAGAGGGUUUUGAUGCCUUCUUAGAGUUACUCAAAUGUAUGCAGGGCAUGGAUCCGAUAACUCGUCAAGUAGGACAGCACAUUGAAAUGGAACCAGAAUGGGAAGCAGCAUUUACACUGCAGAUGAAGUUAACACUUGUUAUUUCAAUGAUGCAGGACUGGUGUGCUUUGGAUGAGAAAGUAUUAAUUGAAGCUUACAAGAAAUGCCUGACCGUGCUGAUGCAGUGUCACAGUGGCUUUACCGAUGGCGAGCAGCCGAUUGUCCUCAGUAUGUGCGGCCACUCCGUUGAGACCAUCAGAUACUGCGUUUCUCAGGAAAAAGUUAGCAUUCAUCUGCCAGUUUCCCGUUUACUUGCAGGCUUGCAUGUUUUGCUGAGUAAAACCGAAGUGGCGUAUAAAUUUCCUGAGCUGCUGCCCCUGAGUGAACUUAGCCCACCUAUGUUGAUAGAACAUCCUCUACGAUGCCUAGUCCUCUGUGCUCAAGUGCAUGCAGGAAUGUGGAGAAGAAAUGGAUUCUCUCUUGUUAAUCAGAUUUAUUACUAUCAUAAUGUGAAGUGUAGAAGGGAGAUGUUUGACAAGGACAUAGUCAUGCUUCAGACAGGUGUAUCUAUGAUGGAUCCAAAUCAUUUCCUGAUGAUAAUGUUGAGUCGAUUUGAACUUUAUCAGAUAUUUAGUACUCCAGACUAUGGCAAAAGAUUUAGCACAGAGAAUACUAACAAGGAUGUUGUUCAACAAAAUAACACUCUUAUAGAAGAAAUGCUGUACCUCAUUAUAAUGAUAGUUGGAGAGCGAUUCAGCCCAGGAAUAGGGCAGGUAAAUGCAACAGAUGAAAUCAAACGAGAGAUCAUCCAUCAGCUGAGCAUCAGGCCCAUGGCUCACAGUGAAUUGGUAAAGGCAUUACCCGAAGAUGAGAACAGGGAAACGGGAAUGGAAAGUGUGAUCGAAGAAGUUGCCUGUUUUAAAAAACCCGGACUAACAGGCAGAGGGCUGUAUGAACUAAAACCAGAAUGUACCAGGAACUUCAAUCUGUAUUUCUAUCACUUUUCAAGGGCAGAACAAUCAAAGGUGACUAAAACACGAAUUUCCCUUUCAGCACUUCCUCCCCCUGCUCUGCCUCCCUUCUGCCCACUUUUUGCAAGCCUGGUUAAUAUCCUGCAGUCUGAUGUCAUGUUGUGCAUUAUGGGGACUAUACUGCAGUGGGCAGUAGAGCACAAUGGCUACGCCUGGUCGGAAUCCAUGCUGCAAAGGGUUUUGCACUUGCUUGGAAUGGCACUACAAGAAGAAAAACAACAUCUAGAGAAUCUCAGUGAGGAGAAUGUCGUAACAUUUACCUUCACUCAGAAAAUAUCAAGACCAGGAGAGGCACCCAACAAUUCCCCUAGUAUACUAGCUAUGCUAGAAACACUGCAAAAUGCACCUCAUCUGGAAGUGCACAAGGACAUGAUCAGAUGGAUAUUGAAGACUUUCAAUGCUAUUAAGAAGCUAAGAGAAAGCUCCUCUACAAGUCCUGUGGCAGAGACAGAAGGAAAUAUUAUGGAGGAGAGUUCCCGUGACAAAGACAAAGCUGAGAGAAAGCGGAAAGCCGAGAUCGCCAGGUUGCGCAGGGAGAAGAUCAUGGCCCAGAUGUCCGAGAUGCAGCGGCACUUCAUUAAUGAAAAUAAGGAGCUCUUUCAGCAGACACUGGAGGAACUAGACACUUCAGCUUCUGGCGUACGUGAUAAUAGCCCCGUAAUGUCAGAUGCAAAACUCACAGCUUUGGGACCAGAGCAAACCAGAGUGGCUGAACACAGGCAGGUUGUCAUGUGUAUAUUGUGUCAAGAAGAACAAGAAGUUAAAGUGGACAGCAGGGCUAUGGUCUUGGCAGCAUUUAUUCAAAGAUCAACUGUGCUAUCUAAAAACAGAAACAAAACUAUUCCAGACCCAGAAAAAUAUGACCCAUUAUUCAUGCACCCCGAUCUGUCGUGUGGAACACACACAGGAAGCUGUGGACAUAUUAUGCAUGCCCAUUGCUGGCAAAGGUAUUUUGAUGCUGUCCAAGCAAAAGAGCAACGAAGACAGCAAAGAUUACGAGUACACACAAGUUACGAUGUAGAAAAUGGUGAAUUUCUUUGCCCGCUUUGUGAAUGUUUAAGCAACACUGUUAUUCCUCUGCUUCCUCCACCAAGAGUUUUAUUCAACAGGUUAGACUUUUCAGGUCAACCAAACCUAGCUCAUUGGAUCAAAACAGUAUGCCAACAAAUAAAAGCACUAUAUUUACUUAGAGAUGAAGACUGUGCAAGUAACUCUGGUAGUUCAGAAAAAAUGGAUGAGCUGCAGUUACCUGAAGGAUUUAGACCUGACUUCCAACCGAAAAAUCCUUAUUCUGAGAGCAUUAAAGAAAUGUUAACAACUUUUGGUACAGCAACAUACAAAGUAGGCUUGAAAGUUCAUCCUAAUGAAGAAGAUCCACGGGUACCUAUAAUGUGCUGGGGAAGCUGUGCUUAUACAAUACAGACAAUAGAGCGGAUUUUAGCUGAUGAAGACAAACCAUUAUUUGGCCAAUUACCUUGCCGACAGGAUGACUGCCUUACAUCAUUGACAAGAUUUGCAGCAGCUCAUUGGACAGUUUCAUCUCUUUCCGCAGUACAGGGUCACUUUUGUACUCUCUUAGCAUCACUGGUGCCUAAUGAAAAAAAUGGAAAUCUUCCAUGCAUACUUGACAUUGAUAUGUUUCACUUGCUGGUAAGUUGUAAACUUGGUGCUCUCUUUUGUCAGGAUUUUUCAGGUGUUAGUCUUGGCACUGGAGAUCUUCAUUUGUUCCGUCUUGUCACUAUGGCACACAUAAUACAGAUUUUACUUACCUCAUCAACAGAAGAGAAUGGCAUGGAUCAAGAAAAUGCUAGCAGUGAAGAAGAAGUAGCUGUGCUUACGCUGUAUAAAUUUCUUUGCCAGUGUACAGGAAGUGCCUUGAAAGAAAUUUCCUCGGGCUGGCACCUGUGGAAGAAUCUAAAAGCUGGAAUCAUGCCUUUCUUGAGAUGUUCUGCUUUGUUUUUUCACUACUUAAAUGGAGUCCCAGCACCCUCAGAAAUGGAAGUCAGUGGAACAAACCAAUUUGAACAUUUAUGUAGCUAUCUCUCCUUGCCAAACAACCUCACUUGCCUUUUUCAAGAAAAUAGUGACAUUAUGAACACCUUAAUAGAAAGUUGGUGUAGUAACAGUGAAGUAACAAGAUACCUGGAAGGCAAGAGACAUGCUAUCAGCUAUGCAAGAGAAUCCAACAAAUUAAUAGACCUUCCAGAUGACUACAGCUGUCUCAUUAAUCAAGCAUCUAAUUUCUCGUGUCCGAAAUCAGGUGGUGAUAAAAGCAGAGCCCCAACGUUGUGCCUUGUGUGUGGGACUAUGCUGUGUUCUCAGAGCUACUGUUGUCAAACCGAAUUAGAAGGAGAAGAUGUUGGAGCCUGCACUGCACACACGUACACUUGCGGUUCCGGCGUGGGCAUAUUCCUUAGAGUACGAGAAUGUCAGGUGCUAUUUUUAGCUGGAAAAACCAAGGGCUGCUUUUAUCCUCCUCCUUACCUUGAUGACUAUGGAGAGACAGACCAGGGUCUCAGACGUGGGAACCCCUUACAUCUGUGCAAAGAACGAUUUAAAAAGAUUCAAAAACUCUGGCAGCAGCACAGUAUCACAGAGGAGAUUGGACAUGCACAAGAAGCAAAUCAAACACUAGUUGGCAUCGAUUGGCAGCAUUUAUAAUAGUUAGCUGCUGAAGACUGGAACUUUAUUAAGAUUUUUUGUAACUCAGUAAGCUUUCCAAAGGAGGGAUUAGAGGAAAAAAAAGGCAAACAAAAAAAGGCUCUGAGAAAAUAAAACAAACCUUGUCCUUUUAUUUAAUCUUUGUUUUACAAUGUAUUUCAUAGGGACACCAAUUAACAAUAACCAAGUAAACUUCUUUCUAUGUAAGCAAGUUUUAUUAGUAUCAUAUAAUUUGCACUGUGCUUCCUUCACAGAAACCUCUUGGGUUAUAAACCUAGGCAAAUGAACUUGAGUUUCUGAUACAAAAGAAUGACUCUUUUUGGAAGUCUGACUGAUUUUUCUUACAAACUACAAGAGAAAAGACUGCUGAAACAAAAACUAAAUAGAGCACAACUAUGGAUUGUGUUUUGCCCUUUGCUAGUAAUCUGAGCCGUUUUAUUUAUUAUCCUGCAUUUUAAUACUUAAGCUGUGUGUACAUGCGAUGGAAUGAAGUAAGGAAGUGAAUAAUGUAGCAAAUGGAUGUAUCUGUCUGCAACAGUGGGUAAUUCACUCUUACACUCGGUGUAUCUGGAACGAUUUUGCCAUUUGUACUCUUGCAGCUUUCUUGCUUCCAGUUUUCUUCUUCUUACUAAAAGCCUAACACUAGCUUUAUGAGUAAAUGAUUUUAAUUUAAAGCUUUCUCCAGAGCACUGCACUCCUUAGAAUUAUGUAGUUUAUAAUUUCAUU